GAUCUCUCAUGGAUGCCGUCUCAUUCGCGCCAUCCACGCUCCAUCACGCAGCACACACACACUGCUUUUGAUUCUCUCGUCCUGCCGCCAGCAACAGCAGCAGAUCCAGGAUCUCAGGAUUUCAUCCCUUUGUGCAUCGACAAACAAUUUCCAAACGAAUCAAAACUAAUAUUUCUACCUAGUAUGGCAACAACCAAACGCCUUCUAAGCCUGCUCCUGCUGGCCCUAGCGGCCCCGCGCCUCCACGGCCGCCACAUGUCCUCAUUGAUGCCUUCCAGCGAAAUCGACAACAGCAUCGCGGCGAGCUCAACGAGCGACACCUCCACGGACGCCGGCGACGACCCCGCCGACUGGGUGCGCAUCUCCCUCUCACCACCCCCAUCCAUCCACCACACCCGCGGCGCUCAUCUAGAACUAGAAUGCGAAGCAGUGGGUUCCCCAGCACCCAUUCUUCGCUGGGUGAAAGACGGUAAACCACUCGCCGAACUAGACGCAUACGAUACAAAUCUAGUGGAUGAAACCACCAGCCAUGGUCUUGCAAAAGUCCGCGCACGUCUCUUAGUCCACGCGCUGGUCGAUGGCAACGCAGGUGUCUACACAUGUGUGGCCCAGGCGGGCACACAGGUCGCCACGGCUCAAACCCAACUGCAUGUGAAAUCCUCCGGAGGGCUUCAAGGCAUGAAUCUCUCCCAGGUUUCAUUCAUGACCAAACGUAUUCCAGCCCGGAUUGUGCUCUACGAUACAAUCUACAUGGACCACAUUGGCGAGGAUAUUAUUCUACCCUGCUCAUCGGUAGGUUCACCAUUACCGGAAGUGUUCUGGUUGGACCCUGAUGAGAACCCGCUCACCGAGGAUAAGCGCUACUCGACGCUGCCGAACGGCGCGCUGCUGAUACGCAACAUUCGCUGGAACGACAUGGGGCCGUACACGUGCAUCGCGCGCAACAAUCACGGCCAGGAUAACAUCACGACCUUCUUGUAUCCGAUGCUCGCCGAGCGGAAGUAGGCGCACGUGGCGUUGCGGUCCUUCUAGUCAAGCGUUGUUCCCGAUUAAACAUAAACAAUUAGCACUUUUGACAAAAGUAUUAGUAGACUCUAAUCGUAGGUAAUUUAUUUUUGUACGCCUAGAGAGAAGCCAGCCGUCUCUUUUUGUUUAUUUUAUAGGUUUUUUUUUAUUGCAUUGUACUUGUACUUAAUUUAUUAUUAUAUGCCAAUGACCAAAAAUGUCGACGUGUGUAAACCUUGUAUUUGUGUAAAAAAGAAAAUAUUUAAAUAAACAUAGCGUGAAACAUGA